AUGGAGUGCGAAUGGCUGAUGCGGACACCUGGAUACAAGGCGAUGCUGAAAGGAGCAGAAAAGAAGAAUCACAGCAGAGUACAGAGAAGGCUGUCAAUCUACGGAGUCAGACCCUCUAAGGUGGCCAUCCGAUUAACUAGGACUGAGGUGUGGAAAAAGACCACACUGUAUAAGGAGAUUCGGAUGGUGGAAAUGCUAGGGACAAAUACCUCUGUUUGGGAAGCUCCAGUGGGGGACUUCGAAUGCAGAGUUGAAGUUGCCCUCGCAGUGAUAGGAGGGUCAAUUCCAGAGAAGAAGUGCCUGCAAUGGAGAGCCUUAAUUAGGCUAGAGUUGUUGGAAGAUGCUCGCGAGGAGUGGCACAGACUGCAAAGUCAAGUCCUGCCCUCCCAGAACAGCGCUUCAGGGACCAAGUCAUUUGCGGCUCCACGUCCUCGGAGAUCAACCUACGAGCAACGAAGCAGCCGAGUUAUGGAGGCUAGUGCGAAAAACUAA